AUGCAGCAAGUCUACACCCACGAAGGACCCUACGAGUCAAUCCCCUCGACCGCAUCGCCAGGCCUCCAGUUCCUCAGACACUUCCUCCCAGCCCUGGACUCCCUCGAUCCAACUACAAAUCCCAUCUCCCGCUUCAUCCAUCCCGACGCCCGUGUCGUCGUGGGCAGCGGACCCCCCAACAGAGGCACAGACGUGAUCGGUCUCCUAAACGUCCGCCAGCGACAUAUCCAGCGCUUUCAACACGAGAUCCACAAGGCGUGGGAUAUUGCACGGCCGGAUACAGGGAACGGAAACGGCGGACCCCGGACGGUGAUGUUCGAGGCGACGAGCGGCACCGUCUUCCGUAAUGACCCCGAUGAGUUCGAGGUGCAGGUGAGGGAGUUUAACAUCCUCGAGCUACAGAGGGCAGGCUCUCAGUCUAAUGGCGACGGCGAGGGUAAGGGUGGGUUUGUCGCAGUCGAGAUGCGGACGUUCAUGGAUGCUCGACCGGUGCAGGACCAGGCGGCGCGGUUGCAGCGCGAGUCGGCGUAUGGGGAGGCAAAGUCGACGGGCUGGGAUCACUCCACUCUGAACUGCCGCACGUCCUUACAAUGGGUCCAACCAGGUUGGCAACAUCGAAUUGAGCUCUGUGAAGUCCAGUCCCUGACCUUGAUUUCACAACUGGGGUUUCUCAGUGGUCCCGCUGUCGCGGCAAACGUGUACUGA